UUUGAGGGGGAGCUCUGAGCUGGUGGACCCUGAGCAGCCUCCCAGCAGGGAGAAGCUCUUCAGGUGCUUGGAAUGUGGGAAGAGCUUCAGGGAGAGCUCCACCAUGAUCCGACACCAGCACAUCCACACUGGGGAAUGGCCCUACACAUGUGGGGAAUGCGGGAAGGGCUGCAGUGACAGCUCCAGCCUCUGCAAACACCAGCGCGUCCACACUGGGGAACGACCCUACACGUGUGGGGAAUGUGGGAAGAGGUUUCAGACCAGCUCCAGUCUCAUCCAGCACCAGCGGACGCACACGGAUGAGAGGCCCUUCCGCUGCACCGACUGCGGGAAGGGCUUCAACCGGAACUCCCACCUCGUCAGGCACCGGCGCAUCCACACCGGGGAGAGGCCCUACAAGUGUGGGGAGUGUGGGAAGAGCUUCAGUGACAGCUCUGCCUUUACCAGACACCAAAGGACCCACCAGUAAGGGAAGCCCUACCAGUGCCCCGACUGCAGGAAGAGCUUCGGCCGCUGCUUCCACCCCAAAUGAACCCCCUGAUGGUGAGGCGACCCCUGGAGUCCAGUGACUGUCAGUCCAUCCCUUUCCACCACAAAGGGCCAGUCCCCUUUCCCAGGGGCAGCUUCUUCCAACAGAACCCUUCUUGGGGGUUGUGUCGAGAUUCCUGCCUUGGCUGGGGACCCCC